GUAACAUAGUAAAAUCUCUUUCGGACACAACACUCUGUCUCUCUUAUAAAUGUUCUGUCAAAGCAAUCUAUCUCCAUUCAUUCACCUCCUCCGCUCUCCUUCCUUUAUCGUUUUUCAUCGAAGCAUACACACAACCCACAGAGAGACAACAAUGACGAAAAAACCGAGAAUCGUGAUCAUCGGAGCCGGAAUGGCCGGUCUCACGGCGGCGAACAAGCUCUACACCCACUCCAACAACAACACCUUCGACCUCUCCGUCGUCGAAGGCGGGUCCAGAAUCGGCGGGAGGAUCAACACCUCUGAGUUCUCCUCCGAGAAGAUAGAGAUGGGCGCCACGUGGAUACACGGCAUCGGCGGAAGCCCCGUUUACAAAAUCGCCGAGGAGGCUGGCUCCCUCGUCUCCGACGAGCCGUGGGAAUGCAUGGACUCCACCGUCGAUAAAGCUAGGACCUUUGCUGAAGGCGGCUUCGAGGUUGACCCUUCCGUCGUCGAACCUAUCUCGGGGCUGUUCAACGCUCUCAUGGAGUUAGCUCAGAGGAAAAAGAAAAUGAAAGAGAUCACUCAAAACGACGUCGUUUCGGGAUCGGGUGGUAUUUACGGAAAUGCCACUAGUGUUGGGUCGUUCUUUGCUCUCAUGGAGUUAGCUCAGGGCAAAAAGAAAGAGAUAGAGAAAGAGAUCCCUCAAAACGACGUCGUUUCGUGUAUUUACGAAAAUGCCACUAGUGUUGGGUCGUUCUUGAAAUCUGCUUUCGAGGCUUACCGGGACGCAACAGGCAAUGGAUCGCUCGAAGAAGCUAUCUUUACGAUGUUUAGCAACACGCAGAGGACGUACACGUCAGCAGAUGAUCUCUCGACGCUUGACUACGCGGCGGAGAGCGAGUACCAGAUGUUUCCAGGGGAAGAGAUCACUAUAGCUAAAGGCUACGUGAGCGUGAUUCACCACUUGGCCUCUGUACUUCCUCAAGGUGUUAUCCAGCUGAACCGAACGGUCGCGAAGAUCGAGUGGGAGAGUUGUGAAGAGUGUCCAGUGAAGCUGCAUUUCUCAGAUGGGUCUGUUGUGUUUGCAGAUCAUGUUAUUGUUACUGUCUCCUUAGGUGUGCUUAAGGCAGGGAUUGAGAGUGAUGACGAAUUGUUUAGUCCUCCUUUGCCUGAGUUCAAAUCAGACGCUAUCAAGAGGUUAGGCUACGGAGUUGUCAACAAGCUCUUCGUGGAAGUGUCUGAAAGGAACUUCCCGUCGUUGCAGCUUGUGUUUGACCGGGAGGAUUCGGAUUCUAAGUUCGUGAAAAUACCGUGGUGGAUGAGGAGAACCGCGACGAUAGCACCAAUCCACAGCAAUUCGAAGGUCUUGCUUUCUUGGUUUGCAGGGAAAGAAGCUCUAGAGCUUGAGAAACUAACCGAUGAGGAGAUUAUAGAUGGUGUCUUGACCACUAUCUCUUGCUUGACAGGCAAGCAAGUGAAAAAUGGCUAUGUGAAUGGUUAUGAUGAUGAAGUCUUGAGAAUCACUAAGGUCUUGAAGAGCAAAUGGGGAGGAGAUCCUCUGUUCCGCGGCUCGUAUUCUUAUGUGGCGGUGGGGUCAAGUGGUGAUGACCUAGACGCCUUGGCUGAGCCAUUGCCAAAGAUUAACAAGAAGGGUGGUGAGGGAAAUUGUCAUGAUCAAACCAAGGUUCAUGAGCUUCAAGUCAUGUUUGCAGGGGAAGCAACACAUAGAACGCAUUAUUCCACAACUCAUGGUGCUUACUAUAGUGGAUUAAGGGAAGCCAAUAGGCUUCUCAAGCAUUACAAAUGUGAUUUUUGAGUGUUCAUUUUAAGAAUAUGCUUUUUUGAGGGAUCAAUGUAUUUAGAGAAGCUUAAUUAGUUUUGUAAGAUUUUUUUUUCUCUUAAAUUACAAAAGUUAUAAGCACC